AUGUUUGGGAUAACAUUAUAUCAGUGGGAAUGUGAGAUUUGGUUUGAGCCGGAGGUGGUAGAGGAGGUAGUAGGUAGAGGUGGAGGCUUUGGUGGUGUUGGGGGAGGAGAUGUUGGAGGUGGUUUAGGUAAAGGAGGAGGCUUUGGAGUUGGGGAUGGUGUUGGUGGCGGGGUUGGAGGUGAUAUUGAUGAUGGUGGUGGUAGAGUAGAAAGAGGAGGUGGACUUAAUAGUUCUUCUAGCCACGAUGAAGGCUUUGGUGUUGGAAGAGGUGGUGUUGGUGGUCGUGCUGUAGGAGGAGGUGAUGGUGGUGGGGUGGAGUCGGAGUAA